AAAAGAAAUAGACUUAAACGUCUCAAACUUUUAUUUUGAAAUAAAUUGUAACCGGAAGUUUAAGAAACAUUUCCCUCGGUGUUUAUAAUAGCCACAUGGAUCUGGAAAAGUAGUGGAAGGCGUAAGGAGGUUUUUUGAAUGGAUCACUUCGAUAAGGAUUUAGUCGAUGCGCUUAAAGACAUUGUCAAAGCUGGAAACUGGCAGUGUGUGGGAGAUAAAUCUAAAUUUAAGUCACCAUGCACAAAGUUUUACUGUGAUGAUGGAGAGCAUAUAGUCCUGGUGCAUACAAAGGAUGAUAAAUUCUGGGCUAUGGAUUCAUCUUGCCCACAUGAAGGGGGCCCACUUGAGCAAGGUGAUAUUGAGGAUUUGGGCGACGGGAAACUGGCACUGAUUUGCCCGUGGCACUACUUUGAUUUCAGCCUUGAAACUGGUUCCUCUUCCACUGGACUGCAGAACCAAGUGUAUGAUGUCCAUGUACUGGAUGGAAAAGUGUAUAUAAAUACUCAGAGCACACUGUCCCUCUGUCCCAUCCCGACGACAAAAAUAACCCACCAAGAUAGUUUGCCUGUGGAAAUAACUUCCUCAGAAAACACACUCUGCAUUUGGGCCACCAGAAUCCUUCACACCCCAGACCCACAGGAAAAGGUUUCAUUGACCAAGAUGGUGCAAGAGAACUGGGACAGUGGGAAAAUAACGGAGACUGGGGAGGCAAGCCCCCCCGUGCAGCCUAACAGAAAAGACAAUCUGACUGUCGUGGAGCCUGGAAAAAUCAAACGGGGCAAGGGAGGCACUCUGGCGAGUAGGAUUGCUUUACUGCACUCUCUUGCUAAUAUAGAGCAGUGGGCGAUAGACCUGUCCUGGGAUGUGAUAGCAAGAUUCUCUAAAUUUAGAUUGAGCAAUGGUGAGCCGUUGCCUCGCCAGUUCUUUGAAGACUUUGUCAAAGUAGCAGGAGAUGAAGCCAAGCAUUAUCAGCUACUAGAGCAAAGGAUCGUGGAGCUUGGCAGCUUCUUUGGUGCUUUACCAGUUCACAACGGUUUGUGGCAAUCGGCAACGGAUACGUCUCAUGACCUCUUGGCGAGGCUAGCCGUAGUGCACAUGGUCCACGAGGCCAGAGGUUUAGAUGUGCACCCUCAGACUCUGUCCCGCUUCGCUGCUCAGGGAGACGCGAGCUCAGUGAAGGUGUUGGAGGUGAUUUACGCUGAUGAAAUCACACACGUGGCUGCAGGGCUGAGAUGGUUCACAUACAUCUGCUCAAAAGAAGGACGUGAUUCCUUGAAAACAUUCCAUGAAUUGGUGAAGUUGCAUUUCAAAGGGUUUUUGAAGCCUCCGUUCAACACAGAGGGAAGGAGGACAGCAGGGAUGACAGAAGAGUGGUAUGUUCCUCUUGUCAAGCCCUCCAGCUUACAGAAGACCUCCUGAUUGGAUUUAUUUUUAUUAAAACAACAAUUUUGCAUUCUGGAAAUUUUUAAUGUAGAGUGUGCGUACAUGAGCAUCGGAUGAACCCUAGGCAUAAAGAAAUCACAGAAUGGAUUCAGAAAUAUGUGCAUGCAUUCCCCCCCACAGAAACAACUGUUUACUGUUUUCUAUAAUUCUUGUUUAAGAAAUGAAAUGUGAUCACUGAACUUUCAUUUUAUGAUAUUUUAUUUAAAUGCAUUAAAAGACAAAUAAACCUUGUUAAAUACCGUU